AUGCCGGAAAUUUUGCAGGACAAAACGCUGCAAUGGUUUCGUGUAAAACGCAACGCCAUCAACACGUGGGACGACUUUCGUUACGAGGCUGAACGGUUCUUUUUACCGAAACGUCACCUCGCACAUCUGGAAGAAACCAUCCAUCAGCGCAAGCAAUUUCCCAGAGAGAAGGCAAAGGAUUAUGUGCUGGCUAUCCAAACGCUUAUUCGCCAACACCCGAAACUUCGCGAUGAAGAUCACACCGAGCGUAUAUACGACGGUCUAAGGGUGGAAUAUCGCUUAUAUGUCCGUCGGAGCGAUUUCAGCAGCGUAGACGAACUACUCGAAUUAACGGAAGACUACGAAUUGUUAAGAAGCGAGGAGGCCAGGCAAGCAAGAAACACCAAUCACUGCUUGACGGCGAUAAACGAAAUGAAACAUGUAGUCAGCGGAAUGCCACACGCAUCGGGCCGCCAUACCAAGCGCCAACCACAACCACCAGAUGAGCCUCAAAAGCCACAACCAUUCCGGCCACCACCGGAAGCACGACCUCGGGUGCACCCGAAUACAACCGGGGCGCACCAGUUACAUGCGAUAAGUACAGACGACACCGGGUCAGCUGCCCGAACUCGCCCUAGGGUACCCAGACAGCCCCUGGAGCGCAGCGUCAUCAAAGCUUCCACCCGAAGUCGGCCGGCCACAGAACCAGCGGUAGUAGAAGUAUUGCCACGACAGACGCCGCUCAGCACAAACGCCCGGAAGCUCCCGACCACCAGGCGAGCCCCAACGCCACGUGAAGCAGACCACGAAGCUGGUGCUGCGACAGAGCCGCGCGCCGCCCAAACCUCGACGCACCCAGCAGUCCAAGCGAAGGCCCAGGUAACGCUCUCCGCCAAACAAAGCGACCUGACGACUGCAGCUUCGCUCCAACUCGUCCAGCGAGGCACGGCAACGAGUACCGUCAGGGCGGAAGCCAGUACCGCGAAGCCACUCGCAGAGAAGGCGCAAAAAGCACCCGCCACAACAACGCCGGCGUGCUCGAACGACGAUGGGGCGUCUGCCCCAGCAACUGCCACGACCAGCGUCGAGACGACGCCGCCUCACCCAAAAGCGACACCAACCCCGACGACGACCCGACCUCCAAUUGCCGAGAUCAUUCAUUUAUAUGAGUGA